UAUCCCUUCGUUAAAAAUGUCUUACUGAUUGCCCAACAAAGUGCAAAACUAAUUUUCCGUUCAGUGAAUUCGAGUUAACAAAAGCAAAAAGGGUUAAAAUACCCGACGCGGAAGUCCUGAAAAAAGAAACACACCUUUUGCGGCACAAAUAGGAACAAGGAUACGCCUUCCAGAAAGGACACAAUACGCGCAGCAAGAGUAAAUACGCUUUUGUUAUUUAAUCUAGCCUUGGCGAGUGCGCAAUUUUUGGGCCUGUCGUCGACUGCUUAUCGGCCAUGUGCCGCCGCAGUGGCAAAGGAUCCGCCAGACAGUAUUAAUAACGCAUUGAUAGGAGGAGCAGCCCGCCUGCGAUUCGGUUCAGCUUUGUUUUUCUAUUUUUUGUUGUUUUUGUUUUUGUUAUUUUUUGGGUUUUCUGUGGUAGCAAGAUUGAGUUCGGGACUCGAUCCGAAGUCCGCAAUUAAUCGACGACAGCUAGCAUGUUGCAAGGCGUCGCCAUCGCCAUCGCCAACGACAGCAACGAUGAUGGCCUCAAUCAAUCAUUCAGGGCUCAUGUGUCGCCCAGUGCCAAUCGGGAGGUGGCCCAAGCCACGGCCACCACUUCCACCAUUUCCACCAUGGUGAAUCCCAGCGAAAGCCCCGAGCUGUUGCUGCUGCGGAAUGACAAAUUCCUAACACAUGUCGCCCAUCUGCUGAACAUAACGACCGAGAACCUCUCGAAUCUCCUUGGCUCCACGAACGGCACAAAUGCCAGCACAAUGGCAGCAGCGGAUCCAUCGGUCGACGAGUCCCUGACUCUUCGUACCGCCUUUACUAUUUGCUAUGCCCUCAUUUUUGUUGCUGGAGUUCUGGGUAAUCUGAUCACCUGCAUUGUGAUAUCGCGGAAUAACUUCAUGCACACAGCCACAAACUUUUAUUUAUUCAACCUGGCUGUUUCCGAUCUGAUAUUGUUGGUCUCAGGAAUUCCCCAGGAGCUGUACAACCUUUGGUAUCCGGACAUGUAUCCCUUCACGGACGCCAUGUGCAUCAUGGGCAGUGUCCUGUCGGAAAUGGCCGCCAAUGCAACGGUCCUUACAAUCACAGCCUUCACUGUAGAGCGAUACAUCGCCAUCUGUCAUCCCUUUCGGCAGCACACCAUGUCAAAAUUGUCGCGGGCCAUUAAAUUUAUAUUCGCCAUUUGGCUGGCGGCCUUCCUUUUGGCCUUGCCCCAAGCCAUGCAAUUUUCGGUGGUCUUCCAGAACGACGGUUACUCCUGUACGAUGGAGAACGACUUUUAUGCCCAUGUGUUUGCCGUCUCGGGAUUUAUUUUCUUCGGCGGACCCAUGACGGCGAUUUGUGUCCUUUACGUGCUGAUCGGAGUGAAGCUGAAGAGGAGUCGCCUGCUGCAAUCGCUGCCGCGGAGGACAUACGAUGCCAAUCGAGGACUCAAUGCCCAGGGACGAGUCAUCAGAAUGUUGGUAGCUGUAGCCGUCGCCUUCUUCCUCUGCUGGGCUCCCUUCCACGCCCAGCGAUUGAUGGCCGUUUACGGGUUGAACCUGAUUAAUAUCGGCAUCAGCCGGGACGCCUUCAACGACUACUUCCGGAUACUUGACUACACGUCCGGGGUGCUCUACUUCCUGUCCACCUGCAUCAACCCGCUGCUCUACAACAUCAUGAGCCACAAGUUCCGAGAGGCCUUCAAGAUCACUCUGACAAGACAGUUCGGGUUGGCGAGGAACCACCACCACCAGCAGAGCCAGCACCACCAGCACAACUACAGUGCGCUACUCCGGCAGAAUGGAUCGAUGCGAUUGCAGCCUGCCAGCUGUAGUGUGAACAACAACGCACUGGAACCCUACGGAUCCUAUCGAGUGGUGCAGUUCCGCUGCCGAGAUGCGAACCACCAGUUGUCGCUGCAGGACAGCAUUCGCACCACCACCACCACGACCACGAUAAACAGCGCCAGCCUGGCGGGAAACGGAGUGGGUGGCGGUGGUGGAGGACGUCGUCUGAGGAAGCAGGAGUUCUAUGGCCCUAUUCCGGGCACCGCCGUUCCACAUCGGAUGCUGCAGGCCCAGGUUUCGCAGCUCUCCUCGCUGGGCGAUGCCAACUCGCUCCUGGAAUCAGAAGUGGUCGAUAGACACUACGCUUCUGGCCGGGCCAAGCGAGCACUUUUGGCCACCAAAAGUGGUGCACUGCUGGUGACACCACCGCAAAAUGCCGACGCAUCGGAAGUCAGUCAACCUGCCACUCGACUUAAGUUGACGCGGGUGAUAAGUCGCCGGGAUGAGGUCACCAGUGCAGGGACUCCGCCCUUUUGUGGCAGUCACAGCUUGCCGGAUCCGGAGACUUGUCAAUCUGUGGCCUCGGUGGCAAGCCGAAGUUCACGAAAGUUUCCCUGGCGGAAGAGGAGGCAGAAAACCGAGGAGCCGAGCAGCGAGGUUCUGGCCUAUGGGUCACCCAAAUCCCAGUGACUCCAGCUGGCCAAUAGAUAGGCAUUGUUUAGUUAGCGCAAUAAACUUUUCGAUCUGUAAAUAAGCCAUGGCAAAGAGCAACGAGCGAUUUGCAUGCAAAUUCCAUUUUGGCCAUAAAAAAAAGAUAGAACGAAUGGGCAGGGUCCAGACGAUUUAUGCGAGGCAUAAAGCCGGGCUAAUGAGGCAUCAAAGUGUCCUAGCGAAUUGCGAUGGCCACCGCAUCGCACUCAUAAAUUAAGUGUUAAGUGUUGGGCUA